AAAAAAAUAUUGUGGACCGAGAAGCAGGGAAACUAGGAAAAGGUAAUAUUAAGGAGGAAAAGGGGGGUGAAUAUCCACUUUUGGCAAACAAACAAAAAUAUGCUAUUAGUGCUUUAAUGAUAUCGUUGGAAAAUACUUUGGGGAUUUCACAUGAAUUUUAUAACAUUGAAGGUGAACGUUUUUAUGCAAUAAAGCCAAUGAAAGAAUAUCAGGAGGGCAAAAGUCUGGCCGAAUUAAGAGAAAAUUGA